GGUAUCAUCCCAUCCUCUCCACUCGCACAAUAAAAUGUUACUCACACAGAAACCCUAAAUCACACCCAUUCUUCUUCCCCCCCUUGGAAUGUCGAUAAGGAACAAAGAGACAGAAGAAGAAGAGAACAAGAGAAUCAACAACGAGAUCGAUGAACCAGAAGAAGAAGACGAAGACAAGAAGAUGGAGAUGUUCUUCAACCUCAUAAGAAACUACCAGGAGGCGAGGAAACGAAGACGACAAGAGCUAAUCGAAGAUUCAGGCGAAACUGUUCCUAAUCCGACCAAGAGAUCCGACAACGGAGAGAAACUCGGCAUUGCUCCUCCUGUGUUCCGCGCCGAGGAUUUCACUCACUGUAUAGACUUAAACUUAAAGCCAUCAAACUCAAUUAUCUCCACCGAAGAGGAGAAAGAAGAAGAAGAAACAGAGAAGGAGACAAGAGAAGAGAAUGUUUUAGAUCUUAAUCUCGCAUUGUAAUAAUAAUAACGAUUCUCUCUGUUUUUUUCCAUUUUUUUCGUUUGGUGAGGUUUUAAAUGGUUACAAUGCAAUAAUUAAUUAUAUAGUUAAGGGA